AUGUCGUCGUUAUAUGGCAGUUUCGCCACCUUGCAACCCCACCAAAAUUGGUCGACCGUGUUCGUUGGUAUUUGCCUAGCUAUCAUUUUAAGAUUGGUGAACAGAUACCUUAUUAUCCUCAAUCACGUCAAAGCUUUGCCUAACAUCGUAACCUUGUUUUUCGGCUUUGAGCCUGGUACAAGAACACGAUUACCUCACAUACCAUGGAUAUGUCCUGUAAACGAUUACACAGUAUAUCAGCCUUGGCUAAAGUACCAACGUGCACGAUCUGACUUGAUCGCCUUCCCCUCUCUUCUAUCUUCCACAUCCGCCUAUGUGACCUCUUCACCAAGCACCGCUCAAUAUAUCAGCUCGCGACCUCACUUGUUCCAUAAACCAUUGCAUAUGCAGAGGUACAUCGGAUUCAACGUUUUCGGUAUGACAUUACUGUCCACACAAACGGGUGACGAGCACAAGCGACAUUGGUCAGUGGUUAGAAGAUGUUUUAGCGAUCGUCAAAUGGCAAGCGUUUGGGAAGCGAUGAGAUGGAGUUUGAACACCUUCAUUAGUGAAGAGGUGGAUCAAGGAGAAAAGGGAAUCGUUGAAGACGUCAGAGAGGCUCUUAUCAGAGUGACCUUACUCGUCAUUGGCCGUAAAGGUUUUGGCAAAGAUUUUCCAUGGAAUUUGUCUGAAACAGAGGGAUACGAUAUUCCCUUUGAGGAAUCCCUGUAUGUGGUGGAACAAAGUGUUCUUCUUCAGAUAAUACUCCCAGCAUGGGUCAUGAAAUUAUUACCACUACAUAGGCUCCAGCGAUUCUGGAGAGCUCGGAAAGCAUUCCUGGCCCACCUCGAACGAAUGUACCUCGAUAAGCGUACCGAGCUCCAAACCAGCGGAGCCGACAGCAGUAUCGAGGAGGAAAAGGCACCGACCGACCUCCUGGGUGCUCUCGUCCACUCGCAACUCGGCGUAGAGCAAGAGGCAAGGCUUCAAGGUGGUGAUGAGAAAGUGGCAGGUCUGACUAAAAGCGAGAUUAUAGGCAAUAUGUGUGAUGCCGGUCAUGAGACUUCUGGUCAUACACUUGGUUUCGCUGUUGCCUUUCUGGCACUCUACCCCCAAUGGCAGGAAGAGAUUUAUCAAGAGAUCGUAUUCGCUUGUGGUGAUAAACAGCCUACCUACAAGGACAUGCACAAGUUGCCUCUUACAUUGGCGGUCUGCCUCGAGACCCUCCGACUUCGUGAUAUAGUUAGUACGAUCAUGAAGGAAGCCAUUGACGACGUGUUUGUCCCUUACACCACCUGGGAUGCUGAAGGCAACAUUACCACUCGUACACAUCUUGUCAAGAAAGGGUCCCUUUUCGUCAUAGACUCUUCAGCGACCAGUAUCAACCCUCAUGCUUGGGGUUUAGGCAGUAUGGAGUUCAAUCCCCGUCGACAUCUCGGUAACACGCCUCCUUUCGUAUCGUUCUCUUUAGGCGCUCGACAAUGUCUGGGUAAGAGGUUCGCGGAAGUGGAGAUGACCAGCUUCGUCAGUGGGUUGUGCAGAAACUUCAAGGUGUAUCCAGUCAAGUCACAUGAGGAGGAAAGUUGGGAAGAGAUGAAGGCGAGGAUGAUUGACAGUGCCACAGAACAGAUCAGCUUCCAACCUGGAAGAUUUGCGGUCCGUUUGGAGAGACGAUGGAGGGUGUGA